UGAAAUUCUUCACUACGGAGUCUGGCUGGGCACGCGCAGGCUGCAGGAACUCUCUGGUCGUCCAGUUGGCAAACUGACGAAGUUGUUUUCGGAAACUUGAAGGCUCAAAACAAAACCACUAUGACUUCGACGAACAUGUUUCAAGGCCUGGAUAGUAACUCAAAACCAAGUUCAAGGGUGUUGCAGCCUCCUGGAGGUGGCUCCAGUAACCUGUUUGGUGGCUAUGAAGAUGAUUCUGCAGCAUCAAGAAGACCUAAUAAGAUGGCCUCUAAAGUUUUUGCUCCACCAGAGGAGCCCCAGAAUGUCCCCAAACGCUCCAAUCCUCCAGGUGGGAAGAGUAGUGGAAUAUUUGGGGAACCUGAACCUCCUGCUCAACCACAGAGAUCUAUGCCACCAGGUGGAUCAACCAGCAACAUAUUUGGGACCGCAGAAAGUGCACCCGUGCCAAGCCCAAGCAGAAGCCACCCAAAUAAGCCAAAGGACAAUCUAAGUGUGGGACCUGAAUCUGAAUCACCAGCACCCGAAGCAAAGGUCAGCCAACCUGAGGUGAAGGAAGAAACUGCCCCACCAGCUCCCAUGCCAGCCAAGGAGGAGCCUGCUGCUGCCCCAGCCCCCCCAGAGCCUGAACCCACCUCUUCCUCACUUCCUGAUGAGACUUCACUGAAGAACCACGAGCCUCACCUGGGACCCAAGCCUCGCUCUCACAACAGGGUCCUCAACCCACCUGGAGGAAAAUCUAGUGUGGUAUUCUACUGAUCAGCUGAACACACUGCUUCUCCCUGUUUGUUUCCAUACACGCCUAAUCUGCUCCCCUGUUAAUCUUCUCUCAUUCCAGCACACCUUUCCCCACGGUUAUUUCACCUGUACACUUAAAGACCACGAAUUUUGUUCCUCACACUGGAUUCCUGGUCAAAUAUGUUGCCCUCAACUUCUUGCACUUUCAGUCCUGUUUCUGACUCCUUGCUGUUUAUCCAUGUCUUCAUAUUCUUCUUCACUGAAACCUGCAAUCAUGCAAUCACCCACCGGUCAAUCAACAGGCUAGCUGUUUCUCAGUCACUCUGAACUCUGUUCAAUCUCAAUAUUGCGGUUAUGUUUUCACUGUUCCUGUUUUUGAGUGUGUGUAAGUGUAGGUUAGUUUAAGGUACAGUUAUCUGUCAUUUUGAAAACAUUCUUUCGCAUCUCAAGAAAGGUUUAGACAUCUGAGGAAGCUGUAAAUGAUCUGGUGUGACUAAAAUCCUUGCGUAAGUUUGUUGCAGACAUUUGCUCAAAUUAGUUUGAAGCCUUAAUGUUUUCAGACAGGAGAGGUUAAAUAGAUCUUUUCACCACUGUAAUAUGUGAAAUGUUUCAGGGAGUCCAGUAGUGUCACCUUUUAUUUGCUGCCAGAUCCUUAUUGGAUGACUACACAAAACCUUUUCUUUGGCAGUUAUUCCAAAUAAUACAUUCGUUAGACUUUAACCAAUGACUUUAUAAUCAGAGCCUUAAAUCAUCUAAGCGUUCCUUCUUGCCUUGUCCCUGACUUAAAACAUGUGUCUAGAUUAAUGGUCUGCCAUCAGAGCACAAACUCUGUAUGGGGAGAAAUACCAAAAACUGACUUCUAAACAAAGAUAAAUGCAAAUCUUUCCUCCCAAAUGCUUCUGCUUCCUUAAAGAAAUUCCAUUUUGAUUUUAUGCGAAUGUAUUGUGCAGGUACUUUCUGCUUUGUCCUCAUUGCUUGCUUAAUCUGAGAACAUGCCUUUUUUUUCCUUGGGGUAGGCCUCUGUUUAUGUUUUAAAUUAAAACGGCUGAAGACAAGUGAACUCUGGACAAGCGCGUGGCCUACCUGAAUCCAGGUGGGCUCAUUGAUAAUCAUUAAUAAUCACAUUUUCACUCGCUCCAUGACGCACAUUCAUGGUUUUCUGGUGCCAGCCUGUCCCCAGUGUGUUGAUGUGCCUGGCAGGAAAUGAGCGCAGCAGAAGAAAGAAAUCCUGUGUAUUGCAAUAAAACUGUUGUUUUGCAUUUCGAGCUUGUUUAUUGUAUUUACUUUCUAAAAAUGGAAAUGCCAUAAAUACCUUGGUAAAUGUU